AUGGCAUUCUUGGUGCGAAAAUUGCGUCGAAGCUUUACUCAUAUAAUUCCGCGUCUAUUUAUCGGUCUAGUUUUUAUUUACGUUUAUUGCGAAUAUUUAAUUUAUUAUGUUACUCAAAUUCAGUGUGGCUGGAUAAUGUUAAGUAAGGAACCUAACGAUGGUACUGAGCCAGUAUAUGCUAUGGUUAUAGCUGACACUCAUCUCCUGGGUUCCCGGAACGGACACUGGUUUGACAAAUGGAGGAGAGAAUGGCAGAUGCAUCGAGCAUUUCAGACAGCUAUGACUCUCCAUAGCCCAAAUGUUGUAUUUGUCUUAGGUGAUCUGUUUGAUGAGGGAAAAUGGUGUCCAGAAAAGGAGUUCAAUGACUAUGUUGAUAGAUUUUAUAAAUUAUUUAAAGUUCCUGAUGGGACUGCAAUGUAUACAGUUGUUGGAAACCAUGAUAUAGGAUUCCACUACAGGAUAACGCCGCACCUCGCCAAAAGGUUCGAAAGUAAGCUAAAGUCACCUCCAGUACAAUUAGUUAGCAUCAGAGGGAAUCACUUUGUCCUUAUCAACUCAAUGGCGAUGGAAGGAGAUGGAUGUAGUCUGUGCGCGCGUACCGUUGCCGAAAUAGCCAAUAUAUCAAAUAUAUUAAAAUGCAGCAGUGGAUCUAGUUUAUGUAAGGGCAAAAAGCGAUUAGAACGUUAUAGCAGACCAAUUAUCAUGCAGCACUAUCCUUUGUACAGAGAAUCGGAUAGUGUAUGUACGGAGCCGGACGCGGCCCCAUUGCCUGAAAGGAAUGGUUUGUUCGAAGAGCGUUGGGACUGUCUCUCUAAAGAGUCCACAGAAAAUCUAGUAGAGAGUCUCCAUCCUCGAGCCGCCUUCGGAGCUCACACGCACCACAGUUGUGUCGUAAGACAUAGCUUCGUGCCUACCUCUGAUCACAAGAUCGAAUUUAUUGAGUACACUGUACCGUCCUUUUCCUGGAGAAAUAGAUUGGACCCCAAGUAUUAUUUGUUGACGAUAUCACCAGAAGAGGUGAAGGUGUCUAAAUGCGGAAUGCCACGCGAGUGGACGUUGCAGAUCACCGCUAUACUGAUGACGCUCGCACUCAUAGUUUACCUGAGAUAUUACAUAAGUGUGGACACACUAAGUUAUAACUAUAAACAAUUGUAA